UUUGUUCUAAUCCCAUUCCUGUCACUUGCUCCCCUUACCCGGCUCUCCGCCUCCCUUCAAACCCUAGCUCGCGAUGUACGCCGAUUUGGUCGCUGCCGGAAGGAAGAGGUCCAUAAAGGACCGCCUCAACGGCGGCUCAGCGGAGGAUCCCCGCCCGACCACGUCGCCGAUCACCAAAAGGCAACGCCAGACUGAAGGGAUACUGAGAUAUGAUACAUUUAAGGAUGAUCAAACUGCGUCUUCAAACAAAGUUGAUGCUGGAGAUCUACGAUGGAAGCUUCAAAGAAAAGGUCUGCAGCAAGGGACAGAAUCAGCAUCAUGCCUUCGCGAGAAGCUAUCUGGAACUGUGCACCAACAGCCAGUCAAAAGUCACAAGUUUUCCGGAACUAUGCACCAACAGCCAGCCAUUAGUGAUCUGCCCAAAACGAAGGCAGUAAAAGAGAUGGGUCGACCUGUUCAAAGGGGUGGCCCUUCAUCAAAGGAAACUGUACCUGUAACCAAAAAGUUCCCUGGCCCAGUUGCUUCCAACAAAAGCUCACAGACAAAGUCUGAUAUGUCAGUUGACAGUUUGCUGCAAUCAUUGGGUCUAGAGAAAUAUUUAAUAACAUUCAAGGCAGAAGAGGUUGAUAUGACAGCUCUUAUACAUAUGACAGAUGAGGAUCUAAAGGCUAUAGGUCUUCCAAUGGGUCCUAGAAAAAAGAUACUGUUGGCUUUAAAAUCCAGAUCUUAGAUUGGUGGUAAGCAAUGGACAAUGGAUUUCAUCAUCUGCAACGAAAUAGAUGACUGCUGAAAUGGGAAAUGUUCUCGUCCUUAUCAAGCCUGGAAUGGAGCUUUUGGAGCUUUUGUGGCUGCCGUAGGUGAACAUACUGAUACUUUCCACCUGAUCUCUGGCAAUCUGCUAACUGAUUUUUGCUGGAAGAAAAAUCCAAAUCAUUCUUAGAUUGUGAUGUUGAGUAGGAUUUCUUUCUUUCUGUUAAUCGUCCUUUCUUCAAGUUGUAUGUUAUGGAUUAGCAGAACAAGUUUGCAGUGAGGGGAAUGGAUAUAAUCAUUGGUUAGCCGGUGGAUCA